CCGAGCGGAACGGCCUCUGGUGACAUUUUCUUGGGGCGGCGCGGACGACUGAAGGGAAUUGGUGGUGGAGGCUGCGGAGGCGGCGAGGUUCACUUUGGCCGCGGCGGGGGCUCUGACCGCGACCCUCUGUUCGCUGCCGGGGCCUGUGCCGAGGAGGAGAAGGCGGCGGCGGCCGUCGCUUCCCGAGUCACCGCGGCCGGGAUUCCCGGCUUGGCGGGUCGGUGCGUGCCCCGACGGGGCGCGCGGAGCGGGCGAGAAGGCACGAAGCCGCCGCGGAGCACAGGUUGCAUUCCUGUUGCAUCUUUGAUAUCAUUCCUAGACUUUGCUCCAUGAUUUAACUUGGAAUUCUGAAAUGAAGAUGGAGGAGGCAGUAGGAAAAGUUGAAGAACUCAUUGAGUCUGAAGUCCCACCAAAAAUCUCUGAACAAGAGACGGCCAAGGAGGAAGAUGGAUCUGUAGAACUGGAAUCUCAAGUUCCAAAAGAUGGCGUAACGGAUUCUACAGUUCUUUCUUCAAUGCCCUGCUUGUUGAUGGAACUGAGAAGGGACUCUUCUGAGUCUCAGUUAGCAUCCACAGAGAGUGACAAGCCGACAGCCGGCCGUGUUUAUGAGAGUGACUCCUCUAAUCAUUGCAUGCUUUCCCCUUCCUCUAGUGGUCACCUGGCUGAUUCAGAUACAUUGUCUUCUGCAGAGGAGAAUGAACCCUCCCAGGCAGAAACGGCAGUAGAAGGAGAUCCAUCAGGAGUGUCUGGUGCCACAGUUGGGCGCAAGUCUAGGCGGUCUCGUUCUGAAAGUGAAACGUCUACUAUGGCUGCCAAGAAAAACCGGCAAUCCAGUGAUAAACAGAAUGGCCGAGUUGCCAAGGUUAAAGGUCAUCGGAGCCAAAAGCACAAGGAGAGGAUCAGACUACUGAGGCAGAAACGGGAGGCUGCUGCGAGGAAGAAAUACAACCUGCUGCAGGACAGUAGUACCAGUGACAGUGACCUGACUUGUGACUCAAGCACAAGCUCAUCUGAUGAUGAUGAAGAGGUUUCAGGGAGCAGCAAGACAAUCACUGCAGAGAUACCAGAUGGACCUCCAGUUGUAGCUCAUUAUGAUAUAUCUGACACCAGCUCUGACCCAGAAGUGGUAAAUGUGGACAAUUUAUUGGCGGCUGCAGUAGUUCAAGAGCACACUAAUUCUGUAGGCGGCCAGGACACAGGAGCUACCUGGAGGACCAGCGGGCUUCUAGAAGAGCUGAAUGCAGAGGCAGGUCACUUGGAUCCAGGAUUCUUGACAAGUGAUAAACCAUCUACGGGCAAUGCACCACUUAAUGAAGAAAUUAAUAUUGCCUCUUCAGAUAGUGAAGUAGAGAUUGUGGGAGUCCAGGAGCAUGCAAGGUGUGUUCAUCCUCGAGGAGGUGUGAUUCAGAGUGUUUCUUCGUGGAAGCACGGCUCGGGCACGCAGUACGUGAGCAGCCGGCAAACACAGCCAUGGACUGCCGUGACUCCUCAGCAGACUUGGGCUUCCCCAGCAGAAGUGGUCGACCUUACCUUGGAUGAGGAUAGUAGACGUAAAUACCUACUGUAAUACGUUGUCACUGUGUUUCCUCUGCACUGUUCCCUGCCACUUCCUCCUCCUCCUCUCUGUGACACGGAAGUUCAUUGUCAUAGCUUCAGCUUCAGAAGCUGUUUGUGGCAUUUGUAGAAUUGAAACUCAUGGAAAAUCCCCUCUCCCCCAUUUUUUAAUUAAAGAAGUCACUUAGGAAAAUAACUUAUCACAGAGAAAAGGAUUUCUUUUCUUCUUUCCCUCAAUAGGCCUAUGAGAAUAAUGAAUUUUAUUAGAUGACUUCAUUUUACUUGGUGACUUUUAAUCUUAGGAAACUCUGCCUUCCUUCUAGAAUAAUAUUUAAUUGCCAGAUAACAUGGAUUUCAGUUUUUGAAUCUUGUAUUUAUUUUUCUGUAUAAUAAAAUUAAUAUCUAGACUUGACCACUAUCUGCCCCACCCUCACUGGCACCCUCACCUUAGGGCAUUCACACACAUAUCAGUCAGGUCCUUAUUGGCAUCUAGUAGGGCAUGUGCACUUAAAAACCUGUCCUUCAAAAUAGAAGACAGAAGUAUUACAAAGUAUUUUUUUUUUCUUUUUGGCUCAAGCCUUCGGCCUUCUUUCCUGACUUUGUUCCUGAUGGACUUUGCACAACACAAAGAAUUGACUUGCCCCUUUGUGUUUCUAAGUAUUACCAAGGAACCCUAGCUGGUCUCCUUAUUGCAAUAAUUUAUGACUCUGUGGAAAAUGUCUCCUUUGGAUUAGAGACAUUUCAGGUAGAUCCCCACCCAGAGGAUGUCUGGGCAUCAAAGGAGGAGAAUAUUGAGGAAUCAGGGAGCAUCUGUCUCCCUCAACUGUUUUUCAUGGUUUGGUCAAAUAAUGGGAGAACACUGAAACCUAUUACUAGUCCUUAGGGAGAACAAAAAAGUUGUGUGGCUUCUAAGGCUACAGCUGUUGCAGAUCUGAGAGGAGAGUGCCACCUUUCGUAGCUGCUCUCUAUAAAAGGUGUAAUGACUGUAACACCUGAGCUGAACUAGACCUGAUGCUAUAUUGGGAUGUUUUCCCGACCUCUGCCUUCUAAGAAAGCAUACCAUGAUUUAAAAAAACAAAAACCAGAUAUAUGCUGUGAGAACAUGAAUAGCACUGUAAGUCUACAGUAUCUAAAAGGAAUAGCAGAGGGUAGUAGGAGCUUCAGGGACUUCAGGAAAUGCUAGCAUUGGAGUUUUGUGGCAUUAGUUACUAACUUUUCCCUCUAAUAUCUUGUAGUUAUUAGUGAAUUCUUUGGAAAGCAAUACCUAGAGUUAGAACACUAUGUAUUGUGCCCAGGCAGAGGGAAGUAUACUGGCACAGAAGACCUCACCUUUUAUUUUUCAUGGUUUUUGUUUGCUUUCAUUGUUUUUUGUUUCUGUCUCCAGUGUUGCUGUAGUCUUUUGCCUCUCUUCCUAAAUGCCUCGGUGGCUCUUCCAUAUCAGAAGAACAUGAGAACCAUUUCAGUUUCCACACACAUUUACCAAGUGGCUACUCCGCACUGGGCACUGUGCAGGGGUAGGUGCUGUGGAGGCACUGGGAUGAGGGAGACCCAGCCCACGUGCACGGGCAUCCGAUGCUGCCUGGCUCCACCUGCCUGGCCUUUUCUUGUGUUUUAUUUGAAGACAAGUUUGUUCCUUUACCCUUCAUCUUGCUCCUUCAGUCCUUCUGUGUACCUCCUCCUCCUUGGGAACGUAUUUGAGCGUGUUUUCCUUGAUCUUCUCGACAGCAUCUCAUUUGAUCUGGCCUCUGUUCUUCAGCUUUUCAUUUUCCUUCUAGUCUACCUUUGAUAGAGCAGGCUUUUAAGAUCAUGAACCGCUGCUUUUAGCACCUCACAUGGCCACAGUUCUAGACAAAAACCAAAGACCCAGAAGCCAGUGCGAAGUAGGACCUUCUGAAGACUCACUACUGGUGAAUCCUCGAACCUUCACGUUUUACUUUAGGACUAAUUUAUUGAGUUUUACUGUUACACAUUAUUUUUGACUUGAAUUAAAAUAUUAGACAAGCAGAAAUGUAUAAUUUCUGGUCUGUGUUUUCCAGGAAAAUGAUUGGGAAGAGAAUAGAGUGGAUUAUAUGACUUGAAGUAUUUGCAUCUUGUUUUUUUUUUUUUUUUUUUUCCGCCUGUGUUAGAGCAGAGCCCCGUUUUUGAAGACUGUGUUUGCAUUACUUAUUCCUGUGUCAACAGUGUGUUCGUCUGAUUCCACAUAGCAGGUGAUCCUGUGGCAUAGUCUCCAUACUCCCCGAGUGGCGCCUUCUACAGAGAGGCCUUUGGGGCAUGUUGUGUGCACACUGGGUUGGGAACAGAGGGUGGACUGGCAGUCAAGCUCUGUUUUUUGGCCUUUUGCUUUACCACCAGCUUGCACUUUUCCUAACUUGCUCCUUAAGGCGUCCCCAACUUCUCUGUGUGAUGCACUGGAACAGAGAUGUAGACAUUGAAUGCAAACAGGGCAGGGGGAGGGAUGGUAGAUGGUCAGCUUUCCUCUCCCCUAUGAGGUUGGCACUUUUCCACAUAAUAGCUGAUGAUAGAGAGACCCUGUUUCACCUCUUCUUUCAUUUUUCCAUCAAGAGGAGUGGGGAUGUGGUUUCAGGCAAGGUUUUGAUAAAACUCUGUGAUAUACAAUUUCUGUGACAUUUGAAAUUUCUUUUAAAGGGAUGUCUUUUAACCAGAGCUUGCAUUUGAUAGUGUAAGUAGUUUUUUAAGCUUCACAGGACAUUGUAUGUUCAAAGUAGUAGCUCUUCUAAAAUGGGACACAUGGGAUUGGUGGAUGCCACUGGUUAAACUCCCCUCCCUUCCAAUUUGAAGAAGCAGAGCAGUAAGCUUGCUGCUGCACCAUCAUGACUGCCAUGUAACUUACAAUCUCUGCUGUCCAGUGACUGUCGUUUUGUUUCGCUGGUGGGGGCCAGACCGAAUGGGCUCCGUAAUUCUUUAAAAUAUGAACUCUGCUUUUGCUGUUACUGAUUGUGAACAUGAACUAUCUGAUUUGCUAAUUUAGUCCUUUGUUCAUCUUUACUUUUAGCAGACUAGUACCAUUGGUAACUUAAAGAUGAAUGUGUUGCCUGCUUUUUAUACACGUGUCACAGAGCUUUGAAAAAGCUAGGGACACAAUUUCGUCUUCUUAGUUUCAAACUUUUUUUUUUUUUUUUUAAAGGAAAAGAGCCCCUGAUCCCUGUUCUCCAAUGUGUAUGAUGUGACUUCCAUGUAUAUAUAAAAAUGAUUGCACCCUAACCAAACUUCCUCAGAUUGUGCACUGUUUGUUUAAAAUAAUCACGUAUUUUAGUCCAAUGCUGUUGUACUUUUAUUUUUCAUUUUAUUUAAAACACUACUUACUUCUUAUUCUUUUAACAAAUUUUAAAGGGUAGUGAUCUUAAAAAAAAAAUCACUGGAUAACUAGGAAAUAUUUUUGUUGUUGUUUUGUUUUUAAAAGAGUACAGAGGUCUUUGAAGCCCUUUGCUCUUCUUACCGUGAAAAUGAACUGUUAGCCAUUGUAUGGCUAGGAACCAAUGCACUUGGCGCGUAACAGAUCUGCUGUUGCUGGAGUGUGAGUGUGGACUUGAUGCAGUGACGACAAAUCAUUGCUUAGAAUUAAUGUUUUCAAAUGUGCAACUCUAGUUUUUAAAAUGAAAUUUGGUUCUUUACAUUCAUUAUUUAGUUUUUGUUUCCAUUUAGUAUUUAAUGGUCUUUGGAGAAAAAAAUAAUAAAACAGAGUGUUAUAUAUAUAUUUUUUGGUGCAAGAUAAGAUUUUCUGUUUUUUGAAAUAAGUCUGUAGCAUAAAGGUUAAACUAUUUUAAGACAAAAUAAAAUAGAG